AGGGAACAACUUCUGUCUCCGCUGAACCGAGGACGCAUUCUGUAUUACUUGAUAAAAGAAUCGAGGUAUAGUAAAAUAAAACGGUAAACGACAAGACAUCGCCUUUGUAGCCGGUAUUUAACUCGGUUGUAUGUUGCUAUAUGGUUAGCUGAAUUGCUAACUGCCUCGUCUACUGUAGCGCUAGUGGACGCUAGCAUAGCGCCCGUUAGCCUCAACCCACGUGUCAAAAGUAUUUUUAAUGUUUACAUACCCACGGCGUUAUUUCAAGUUUUUGUAAAGAAAUCCCCCUGUCCAGCCGGUGGCACUCUUUUAUAAAAUGUUCUCGUAAAUGACUCAUUAGCCGCCGCUUUUUGGUAGCGGUGCGGAAAGCUGCCGUUGGGCGGUGCUGUUCAGCUGCAGGUUGUACUAUGGACUUUACUCAGGAAAAUGAAGUUAACGAUGGUGUGGAAGGCGCCAGAGACGACCCUUUCUUCAUUGAGGACUGCACCGGUCCAGAUGGCGAAGGAGAAAUUCAGCUCCGAUGCCAGAAACUUCACACAAGCUGCAAACAAGCUGCACGGCUCAGCAGGGAAGGCUCGCCUCCGCUGCUCCUGGCCUUCUCCGGCUCCUCUGGAAGGAGUCUGCAGGAUGCCAGCGUUGCUUUUAAUGUUGACUUGCUGGAGGAGGAAGAGGAGGACAGUGAUCAGUCCAUAGAGGACUGGAUGAUCCUGGAAGAAGGGGAGCAGGCGGGAGACUCAAGCAUCCAGCUCAACCUGAACUACUUGAAGAGCUCUGAGGAUGACUGUGGAGUUGAAGAUGAAGGUAUGGAGUCGGUCAAAGAUAUCUGGGCUGUAUCAGAGAAAGACAAGUAUGGUGAUGAUCAGUCUGUAGCCAGCCGCUAUUUUGUGCCUGGUCAGUCUCUGAUCUGUCACAUCUGCAACAAGACGGGACACCUUGCCAAAAGCUGCUUCCAGAAAAAGAAACGCCCCCCAUGUGUCCUUUGUGGGAUCCAGGGCCACCUCCAGAGGGACUGUCCAGGCCGCCCCUGCCACAGCUGUGGGCUGCCUUCACAUGGCCUCAGGCCCUGUGAAAUACCUCCUGUGUGGAAGCAACACUGCCAGCGUUGCGGAAUCACAGGGCACCUCUCUGAUGCCUGCCCUGAUACCUGGAGACAAUACCACUUUACAAUAAGGUUAGAGGUUCCCCUCAAACCACGGACGGUCCACAACCUCAGACAUAAGAGUCGCCGUGUUUAUUGUUACAACUGCUCCAAAAAAGGACAUUAUGGCUAUGAGUGCAGUAGCAGGAGGAUGGUCAGUGGCACUUUUCCUUCACUGCCUUAUGUUUGCCACUAUGACACCAUAGAUGACAUUCUCCAGUGUCAUACCAGAAAGCAGAAAGAAGCCAAAGAGCUUGUGAAUGCUGGAUCCCUGCUUCCAUCAGACCCAGAACACUUGUCUGAAAAAACCAGGGAGAGUGGCGAGGAGAAUCUGUCAGUUCACGGGAGGAGCAGGACUAAACGGGAGGCAUGCAGCCAGGCUGGAAGGAGGAAGACUUGGCCAGAAAGGCGCAGAGAGAGACGUGAGGUGAAGCAACUGAGGAGGAAGGCCCAGGCCAUACGGGAAGGAGGACUUCUGGGAAGGUCCCAUCGUAACUCUAGUGAUGAAGUCUGUCACACAGACCCCUUCAGAUACACUUUCCAUAGUCACAUGCAAUCCACACCUACACAGACGAAGGGGAAGAGCGAGAUAAGUGGCAGAAAGAGCAGGAAGAGCAGAGAGGCCGAGAGAUGGAAGAAAAGAGGUGGGAUGAAACGUGGUGAUUUGUUUUCCUAUGUUGACUUGGACAUUGGAAGUGAAAACCUUUUUUCUCCGAAGCAAAGAGUACGUCACAGAAGAAAAUGAACUGUAAAUAAAAAUUUUAAAUAAUUUUUUUGUGAAAUGUAACUUAUUAACAUAAAACGUGUUUGGUCUCAUGGUCUUUUAAUCCAUCUACUUAAUGUCAGUACUAGACACUGUAGGAUAUCACAAAAAGUUGAAAGAUACUCUUUAACUUCAUACAAUACACUUAUGGAUAUUAAGUGUAUUGUAUGAAUGCAGUUUAACUUGGUUUACAUCCUUUAAUACAUCCUUUGCAAAUUUUGUGUCUGUACAGUUUGUAAUACAUUUUGAAUGUUUUUACAACAUAUGUGUAAUUUUUUGACUCAGAUGUAUCUUGCUGUGGGGGUGGCUUGUCAUCAUCCUAAAUAUAAUGCCCGUUUUACAGUAACAUCUCAUUUUCUGCAUUAAAAUAUUUGAUUUGGUCAAAAGCA